AUGCCACCUAAAGCAACUCCACGCAGAGCGCCGUCGCCGUUUUGCACGGUCGCCAACCUUGUUGCAGCUCAGCAGCAGCCAUCGCAGGCCCCAUCGCCUGCCCCCACCACAAGCGCUCCCUCUGUUAGGGAUUGCUACGCCACCGGCCCCAUCCCCGACAUGCCUUGGGGUAGGAGCACCCACUCUGAUCGCUCCCAAUCAGGCUCAGCAGCGAGCUCUUGCACGCGCACCCCUGGAGUAGCAACCAGGGAGCAAACCCCCUUCCCCGCCGGACAGAGUGCCCCUCCUCAGUCCAACAACAAAGAAGAUACUACCCCCGUACCCCUCGCCCUUAGCUACAAUAUGGGCAAAGAGGACAGCGAUGCAUGGAGGGUCAGGGACGCACUCGACACUAUCAACCGGUGGAUGGGCCAACGGGGUAGUGGCAAGACACUUUCUUCCGAGAUCAAGAGAGAGAUCUCAUCCUCCCUCGUCGAGAUGACGAGGACUGCUUACACUGGCCUCUUUGGCCACCACUCAGACGCAGACACCGUGCCAGCUCUUGACAGGGUAGCUGCAUUGUUCACUGGAUUGGAUGACACGAUCAGGGCCGCGCAAACAGCCCAAGCGCCGCUUGGUGCCAUUCCAGCAACCUCCCCCGGUCGGCCCCCCCUGAUCCCUCUUCACUCCAAGCCUCGCCGCACCUUUGCCAGUGUUGCAAGGCAGGCAGCCAUCUCUGUACUGCAACAGCCCACCGCUACGUGUUCCCCCCCAGCCCGCCCUAGAAAGAGCGCACCUGCUUUCACUGCUCACGGCCCGUCUCGCCGUUAG